AGCCCACUCUGGCUCAUCUCAAGCUUUCAGUAAACGUGUGUGCGACUGGUGAUUAUUGAUCCUAGUUUUGCUAUAGAUCAUAAUUGUUUGCAGGCUGUCCAUGUUAGAUAAGGUGGCUGAAUGCAGCAGAUAGCAGUCACAGACAUUACUGUCAUCAAGAACUGGGUGGACAUUCUUUUUUAGUGACUUAUAACAGUUGUGGGCGUAAAAAAGGCUGAGUGAAUUAUUUUUGGAAUUCAGACUUGUUCUGAUGUAAAAGAGGAAAACUUUUUGUCCAGAAGGGAAGGAACAAAUUAAGAACUGAAGAUCACUGAAACUAGGACUAUUUUUAAAAAAAUAAAUCACAAUGGGAAAUUCUAAAUCCAAGAACAAGAACAAGUUAUCAAAAGAGGAUGUAGAUUAUUUGGUUGCAAACACCAAUUUUGACAAAAUGCAGAUAAAGCAGUGGCACAAGGGGUUUCUGAGAGAUUGUCCUACUGGACAGCUAAGUCGCACUAAGUUCCUGCAGGUGUAUUCUGAAUUUUUCCCCAGUGGUAACGCGGAGGAAUUCUGUGAACAUGUAUUCAGAACUUUUGAUACGGACAAUAGUGGGAGAAUUGACUUUAGUGAAUUCCUAUUGGCUAUCAAUAUCACUUCAUCAGGAGAGCCCAAAGAUAAGCUCAACUGGGCAUUCUCCAUGUACGACAUCAAUGCAGACGGAACAAUAGAAAAGAAAGAGAUGGUGCAGAUUAUAAGGGCAAUUUAUAAGAUGGUUGGCCACGAAGGAGUGGAAUCUGACACACCAGAAGAUCGCACCAACCAGAUAUUUGACAAGAUGGACAUAAACAAAGAUGGUGUCCUUACUAAGGAUGAGUUUAUCAAUGGAUGCAUGAAUGAUGAAUUCCUGUGCAGGAUGCUCACGGCAGAUACCAAGGGACCAGACGGCUUAAAAUAAGAAUGCAAGCAGAAACAUCAGGCCAGCAGGCAAAAAUGCAAAACAUGAGCAUUAUUUGGCACAGAUAUUAACAUUCUACUAAUGAAAGAAGAGCAACAGAGCAGUCUGGAGGAAGCAUCUGCAACAGCAGCCAUUUUAACCAUUUCUACCAUUUUUUUUUGUCCAUGACUGAAUUUACUUUGUAUUUUAUAUGUAUGUUGUAACCAACUUCUAUUAUGUAAGCUUCACUUAAAGCAUCACAUCUAACUGAUAGGGUUUGCUUAGAAUGAGCAUGUUAACGACAAUACAAAAUAUCCUAGUGGAAAACUGCCUCUUAACUGUAAUUGUUAUCUUGACUUUUAUGAGAAUGUUGAUGGAUGUAGUGAUCCAAAUAAUGUGGUAGUUGUUCAAGCACAAUAAGUGUCACAGCAAACACAAUCAUGUAGAAGACCGCACUAAGCUUGACAAAUACAAUCUAAAAAAGUGAGUGGAAGGUUGUUUUUAAAAGAUAAUGUUCUUAAGACAGAUUUAUUUGUAGAAAAAAAAUCUGAACUACAGGUAGUUUUUUUUUCUGUUUUCUAAAAAAGAAACAAUACAUAUUUGGCUGAAGGCUAGUUAGUGUUCUUUUACAGGUCAAAACUGACAGUCUAGGUAUUUUUCCAAUGAAUUUACUGGUAUAAUGGAUGCUUGACUCCAGUUUUUAAAAAUGUUGUGGUUGUGACUUGUAUGUAGUAGUAAAUGUAGACAUAUAACAACUUACAUGUACUUUUGAAAACAAUGGAUAAAUGUUGCGUGGCACGCACAGGGAGUGGUAUGAAGCAAUAUGGCUAGUUUUUAUUGAAAGUAUUUAAAAGAUGGGUGGGUAAUAAAUAGGACUCUUGUUAACUGAAGGAGGACAAAUAAUGCAUUUAAGAUCUCGCAUAAAAAACUGUUUUAUAGCUAUUGACAUGUGACGUGAGGAGAAGAUCUAACAUAUGCAGCAUCUGAUAACACAUUGCAGACCAUACCUUGAAACAUUCAUGUUGUGUUUUUAAGUUGUUGCUUUAUGUGCAAAUAUAUAUAGAUAUAUAUUUACUUGUAGUAGGUAGUUCUGAUUUUAGCUAGAGGAACACGUCAUCAUGUUGUCAAUUAACUCAAGUUAUUUUAACUUGUCUUGAAUUAUUUGGAGAUGUCUUAACAGUGUAUAAGCUUUCUCUUGGUAACAUCAUUCAGAGUUGAUGCUUACCUUUGUUUGAAUUUUAGAGUAAAACUUAAGGGAUUUUAGACUAAGAUAUUUCUUUAUAAAUUAGCUGCAACAGCUUCCUUUUGCUGAAAGAUGUGAUAGAUAAGCAGAUCAUGAUGCACUGUGUGUGAAUCUUGACUAUUUUAAGCUGCCUGGAAGUCUUCUGACUAUAAGAUGGUAUAGAUAAUAACAGGCAUACUGGAUUGCACUGGGGUCCAGAGUUCCAGACUCACAGGAAAUGAUGGCAACAGCCCACAAAAUGGCACAAGAGAACACAGAAGAAAAAGACAGCAUGGCUGGUAUACAAGGAAUAUCAGUUGUGCCAUUUCAUCAGAGUUGAAGAUGACAAAAACAUAUCUGGCACAUUGGUUUGAAAAUAAAGCUAUAUCAUUCAUAUCUCUUACAUAUAUAGAAAUAUCAAUUUUCUUCAAAUUGGCUGUGUGGCACUGUAUAGUUAGUUGCCAUGGAGAUGUAAACAUCAAGUUGCGUGUAAAUGAGAAACCAUUCAGCUGUGAACAUUGUGAGGGCAGUCGUACUGUUAGCAGAUACUUCAAGGUGUCAUCUAGUAUAUUGAUGCCAGGGAGAGACCACAUCCGGCAUCCUGUCGACCAUUUGUAGUCCAGUUUCAAUUUAGCUUAGUUUACACAUCUUUCAGUAUAAUAAAAACUACAGUAUAACCA